UAAAUUUAUUGAUUUUAUUACUAAAACAUGGAAGAAAGCCGACAAAUGUUUCAAAUUUCACCAGAAGAAGCUAUCAAAGAACUGAGAAAGAUACAACUAAACUCCCUUGGAGCUCAGUUCCCUCAGUGUGAUCAGGAGUUUGUCCAAGGGAUGUUCAAGCUAUGUGAGUAUGAUUUUGAAUCAACUAAAUUGCUCCUUGAAGAGCAAGUCCAAGAAACAGAAGCACAUCCAGCCCCUAAAGUUGAGAAGGAACGUACUGUGCUUGAAGAAGAAAAGGAAGAAGAAACUAUUGAAAGCCUUAUGGCUAAUCCUGAGGCAAAGAAGUUGUUAAUAGCACAAAAACAGAGUGAAACAAAGUUUGAGGUUAAAGAUAAUAAGAGUCACGCCUCUGAAGAAGACCAUGAGGAGAUAGAAAGAAUUCAAGAGGACUUAGUCGAAUUUUAUUGCACAUCAUUUCCGAAUGUACCAAAGCAAAGAAUAGAGUGAAUUGUAUUGGUCAUGUAUCCUGAUUUCGACCAGAUUGAGAAGUCUCUUGAGAUAAGCAACGAGAAGUAUGAGAAGAUUGUGGCUAAGGGUCCGAGUCCAAUUCCUCAACCAAAGAACCUACUUGAAGAUAAAUUUCAAAGCUAUCUCAAGAUCAGAGAUGCAAAUUCUUUGCCUCAAGUUAGGCCGAUUUGAGCCAAUGAGAUUGUGAACAAAAGAAAGAGAGAUAAGAAGCUUCAGAGAAAGCACAAGAAGACCAAUCACCGGACAUUCCCCAGAAAUAAGCCUCUGAACAAUACCGAAAAGGACCAGUUAUUCAGCUGCCUUAAGGAAUUCAGGACCGUUCUCGACCCUCAAAUCUCUAAAAUACAGUGCCACAUCCUUACAUGUCAGAAGAGCAAGGACCUAGCUGGGCAAGCGUACUGGGAAACUGAACUUGGGAAGUUAAGGAAAUACUAUGAGAUGUACAAGAAGCAGUCUAUUGAUAUUAAGAUGGAAGCUAAUAAUUCUAAGGAGGAAGGCCAUGUCCUGGAUUUACAUGUUAUGACUGUCGAUGAAGCAGUAGAUGCUCUUAAGGAUAAAAUUGAGGAAUGAGUCGCAUUGGUCAAUUCUCAAAAAUUAGUGAAUGGAGAAGGAAGAUUGAUUUUGAAGGUUAUCACAGGAAGAGGAAAGCAUUCUAAGGGAAAGCCUGUGAUAAAGAUCAGGACUCAUAAGUAUUUGAAGGAUAAAGGGAUACAGUUCGUUGUUGCGAAAGAUGGAGGCUCCUUAGAUGCCAUUAUUGAAUAAUUUUAUGAUAUAUUAAAUUUCCACGU